AAGAGGCACGUUGACUGACAAGUUGAAAUAACAUCUGUAACACACCAGUGAUCAGGAUGCAGGGGGAAGAAGACGUGGAAGAGCCUUCCUUGGUGUUUACCAAAUCUGUUAUGGGUCAAAUACAGAAGGAAGAUGUCUUCGCGAUGGUGGUAGCUCAGAGAGAAAUGUUGAUGAGGUAUGAGAAGACAAAUGAGAUGUUGUUGAACUUCAACAUGCUGUCAGGUACCCGUUAUGAAACUACUAUGCUGGAAUUCCGGAAGCACACCACAUUACUAUAUGAAAUGAAGAAAGAUUUAGAUGCUAUAUUUAGAAGAAUAAGGCUGUUGAAGGGGCGACUCAGCACACUUUAUCCUGCUGCAUUCUCAGCCUGCAGUGAUGUUUACAAUGUACUUGAAGAAAAAAAUGGUGAGAAGACAGAGGGAGAUGAAGGUGAAGAGAGCAAGACAGAAGGGGAUGGAGAUGGAGAGAACAAGACACAAGCAGACAAAGGUGAAGAGGAUGCUGUAGCUGCAAACGCUGACUCUGAAGUUGCGCAGGCAGAUGUUUCAAGCCCUCAGAGAGAGCAAAGUGUGCAAUCUUCACAGGAGCAAAUAAAAGGCAAAGAGGAGAAAACGUGAACUUAUUUCUGAUGAAUUAUGAGGACUUCUGACUGUUAAGUUAUAAAAAGGUUUGACAAGUCAGUCAUUAGGAAAAUAAAACAAACAUCCUACUGUAAAUUCUCAAAAAAUACAACCAUUACGAUUUACGUUUUGACAUGUGAGAGGACAGUUCUGUUAUUUGGGCAGGUUAAGUUAUGACUUCUGUCAAGACUUGAUAUACAUCUUACUGCUAGACAAAUGGAUAUUAGUCUUCAUGUACUUGUAUCACUUCAAUUUAUCAUCUGCAGUUAUACUGCACAGCUUGAAUUUGCUGAGGAUUUAGAGAGUUGGAUAUGCAUAUAUCUUUAAAAAAAGCCAGCAGCCUUUAGCGGUAAAACAGUAAUUUCACAGGCUGUCUAAAAACUGUCUUGAGUUGUAUGUCAUGAGGCUUCACCAUUCCAGAGCAUGAGAAGAUAACAACUGACAAGAGUAUCCAUCGACCAGUGUGAUGAUGUAUGCUACAUGUGUGCUCAAACAUUCCUUAGAAAGGUUUUUAUUUUUUUUCUAUUGAAAUCCUAUUGGAGAGAGAUAAAUAAAAAUGGAUAAUGUUUUACAUUUAUAGGGAAAGCUGAAAUGCUGAACUCCGCUGUAAAGGUAAUGAGUUACUGCAGUAUCGUGCCCAACAUGUACGCAUUGUGACGUGGGCAGCCGUUCUCAGUUCCCUGCUCAUAAAUGUGUGGUUCAAAAUGCAUCACUUUAGUACUUAAGCCAACUGCAAAAUCCAAUUUAUGGCAUCAAUAUCUGUCUAUCCACUUUAAGAGAUCACACUGACAAUCGAGAGCUAGUAGGUCUUUUGACGUGACAGCUAAUAAUGACGUGAAAUGUAAAGGCUGACUUUAUAUUCACUUUGAGUAUGGUACUGAAACCAAUCAAUGAGUCUCAC